CACACGCGCGUACCGCGCAGUUAUACCCCCGUGCUCGCGACCGGCAUCAUCACGCACGGAGCGCUAGUGUACGGCGGGGUCGGCGGCCCGGGGCUGUGUCCCCCGAGAGCCCCCGACCUGCCCCCACUGGAGCUGGGCUUCCGAGGCGCCUGGAGAGAAGACGACCUUUUACCCUCCACACCAGCCAGCCAGGCCGCGUCGACGCAAAGCGGCUCGUCCGCUACCGACAAGGGCCAGAAUGUGGAGUGUGUUGUCUGUGGCGAUAAGUCUUCAGGGAAGCACUAUGGCCAGUUCACGUGUGAGGGCUGCAAGUCCUUCUUCAAACGGUCGGUGAGGAGGAACCUGUCUUACUCCUGCAGAGGAACGAGGAACUGUCCCAUCGACCAGCACCAUAGAAAUCAAUGCCAGUACUGCCGGCUUAGGAAAUGCUUAAAAAUGGGCAUGAGGAGGGAAGCAGUCCAAAGAGGUCGGGUGCCUCCUACGCAGGCUGCCGGGCUGGCGUUACCGGGGCAGUUCUCACUCGCGAACGGUGACCCGGCCGCUGGGCUCAACGGACACCCCUACCUCUCCUCAUACAUCUCCCUCCUACUCCGGGCAGAGCCGUACCCAACUUCGAGAUAUGGCCCCUGCGUUCAGCCCACCAACGUGAUGGGCAUAGACAAUAUAUGCGAGCUUGCCGCGAGACUGCUGUUCUCCGCAGUCGAAUGGGCGCGAAACAUCCCCUUUUUUCCGGAACUCCAAGUGACGGACCAGGUCGCGUUGUUACGACUCGUCUGGUCCGAGUUAUUCGUCCUCAACGCCUCCCAGUGUUCGAUGCCCCUCCACGUGGCUCCGUUACUCGCCGCCGCCGGUCUCCACGCCUCCCCCAUGGCAGCGGACCGCGUGGUGGCGUUUAUGGACCACAUACGAAUCUUCCAAGAGCAAGUGGAGAAGCUGAAAGCGCUCCACGUGGACUCGGCGGAGUACUCCUGUCUGAAGGCCAUCGUGCUGUUCACGUCAGAUGCCUGCGGGUUAUCAGACGUCCAGCACAUAGACAAUUUACAGGAGAAGUCACAGUGCGCUCUCGAGGAAUACUGCCGGAGUCAGUAUCCCAAUCAGCAGACGCGGUUCGGCAAACUUCUUCUACGACUACCCUCAUUACGAACGGUCAGCUCCCAAGUCAUAGAGCAGCUGUUCUUCGUCAGGCUGGUGGGGAAGACGCCGAUCGAAACAUUGAUAAGAGACAUGCUGUUAUCGGGGAGCUCGUUCUCGUGGCCGUACAUGGCGACCAUGUGACAUACGAUGUGGAGACAGCUUGCGGCGGCCUGAUCCACGCCUUACGGCUUCCCGCCGUAUCUGCCAAGCCAGCGAUUCGACUUCCAGAGGUACCACGAGGCCCCCGAAGACGCUGUGACGUCAUCGAGCGAAUUCCAGGAGACUGAGACGACGGGGGACGAUUACUUCGGAUCGCGGAGCAGAGACAGCGAGAGAGCCGACCCUUGUCCGUCGUUUGACCCGAUAUCAGCGUUCUACCCUCCGAAAACGACAGAGCAAGAAGUCUUCGAUUCAACUAAUGCCAGUGAAACACAAAAAAGUGCUAAAGCGUCGAUGAUGAUCGACAACCUACUAAAUAUUAGAAGUGACUAUUGUUCCCAAGCGGAUAUGAAAUAAGAACUCUUUACGGUGUUUUUUUUUGGGUUCGUAGUUACAUAGUUCAAGUUAUUUUGUUCCUCUGUAAUAUAUUUUAGGUUAUAGACGAUAUUUAAUAUUGUAAAUAAAAUGUUUUUAUUAUAUUAUAAUUAUUAUAAAUGUAUAUUUAAUGAUAAGGUUCCAGAGGCAUGUUUUCUACGAUAAUCAAUUACGAAAUUCUCUUUAGACAAAUAUUCUGUGUUGGAAUUGAUUGAAUUUUUGUAAAAAGUAGCUUAAGCACGAAACCUUAGUAGCGAUCAGGUUUUGAUAACUUGAAUAAAAACUUUGACUAUUUCACUACAUCUAAAUACUGUGUAGUUUUGAUGAAAAAUCAUAAUUUGAACAUUCUUGGAUUGACGUAACGUCAUUUAUUAUCAAACGUGCAAUGUAGAUAGUUUCGUAAGUGUACAUAAAAUACAUUUCUUUUUAUUAUUUUUAUAAAGGUAAAUUGUUUUGAACAGUUUUUAUUAUUUGUGUGAAUUUUAUAAAAUUGAAAUCUUAUCACAAAUUACGCUAUCGGAUAUAAUUUAAAGCUCACGCUUUCAACUUUUAUUGAGUGUUUAUGGCGUGAAAUAAAAGCUUUCGUUCACUUAUGAAGACUAUUCAAAUGCAAUAAAAAAAAUUUAAAAAUAUAUAUCUACCUAUUAUUUCUUGUUGCGGGCAAAGUAUGUAAGAUGGACAAAUUCGUAAAUGCCUGCAAUAGUCUACUGCUUAGAACAUCUUAAUUGUUAAAAUAUUACCUGGGUAUACUAAACUUCGUAACAUAACGAACUUUGAAUUUGCAGAAAUCUUCAAUCAGCCAAACCUUUUAAAAUUAUAACUUCUUACCUCCAGCGGAACCUUUGAUGUUAAAAGGUGUGGGCACACUAUUUUUUAUAAAGUAUAAAUAGACCUGUCUUAAAAACAACUAAUGGGCCAAGUAUUGAUUAUUAAAACUAGCCAUAUCUUUUUAUUUAUAAUUCAUUAAUCCACAUUUUUAACCGACUUCCAAAAAGGAAAGGUUCUACGUUCGGCUGUAUGUUUUUUUUUUUUUUUUAUGUAUGUCCAGCAAUAAUUUACAUAAUAAACCAAAUCUUAUUUGUUAAAUAAUAAAACGUACCUAAGAGGAACUAAUGUAAAGUUAAUAUACUCGUAGGCUCUUUUUAAAGGAUUACGUUUGCGAAUGUUUACACACGCCUUAUCAGCGCUUUUUAACUAUAAUUAUUAUUAAUUGGGUAACUGGACAUUGUCGAUUUUACAUACUGCGCGUUUCGACCGUAACAUACAGAUUUUGUAAUAUAAAAUUCAAUUUAUUUCUCACUGGUGCUUUUAUAUAACUAUAAAUUAUUAGAAUAUUCUGUCGAUGGUUUGUUUUUACCUGUCACAAUGUACAAAUUUUAUAUAAUUCCGAGAAAGCAUUUAAUGUAUGUAGGAUGGAGUUAAAGAAUUAAACGAACUUUUAAGCAAUAUUAAUGUUAAUUUGUGUGUAAAACAUUUUAUAUAAUUUUUAUAGUGUUUCUUGUAAAAUAAUAAUUAUCAUUAUCAUGAAAGUUACUUAAGCCACGUAUUCAUUUCGAAACGUUUUCUAAACACAAUAUUUCAGACUAACAGAUGAGUUAAUAAAAAUUAUUUCGAAACAUAUAAUUAUGAAUAUUAGGAAAAUUUACGCAAUUUGUUUAUUGAAUAUUUAAUCUUACUGAUUUACUAAAAGGAAAAAACACAUUUCUUUUUAAUAUUCCUAAAAUAUAAAAAAAAUUAACAUCAAUCGAAAUUACUCAGUUUGUUUUCUGUAUUUGAUAUACCUACAAUUAAAUCAGUAUUGUUAUUUAAAAAACUUAAGCUUUUAAAUUAAAAUUUCUUCAAUCAAAUAAGCCUUGCACAAAUUGUGGACUUUAAUGAAACUUGUUACAGAAAUAUUCGUAAUGAAUACGGGGCUUAAUUGUACAUUAAUAAAAGUGUUACAUACUAUCUUACUCUGAUGAAAGCACAUUCAUGCGUUAAUGGUUGCGUUCCAUAGCUUAUAUUUCUUAAAUCUUGCAUCCGAGCUUGCGUCCAAGCUUGCGUUGACUGGACGCAAAGAUCUUAGCCGGAAUUUUCACUGCAGUCUUAAAUUAUAGAUACCGCAACGCAUGUGUGUCAUAGACUUUAGGGACGAGAUUCUCAACCGAUCAGAUUGUACCAUUUUGAUUUUUUUUUAUAUUUGUAACUUCAUCUGUACUUAGAAAGUAAAAAAGUAGUUAAUUCAAAAAUAUAUUACAUAUUUAUAUUUCUUCUGCUAAAGAAAAUUAAAUUAAAUUAAUUGCUGUGUAUGUACUGCAUAAUUUUCUUGGCAAAUUAAGUUUUUUUUUUCGUACGAAGAUUAUUUCACCAAGACUGAUCUAGUCUCUUGGCUAACAGUCUUUUAUUUUGUCCUCUUGGUGCUAAUACGUUUGUACAACUAUAUUUGAUAACUCGAUUACUAUUAUAAAAUGAAAGACACCGAAUCCGAUUGACAUAUUUCGUUUGAAAUAGAUAAUUUAUCAAAAAUUAUAAAAAUACUUCAAAUUCUACAGCAAUAGUGCAAGCUAAAAUUUAAUUUAAACAAUAAUAAAUUAUUAGAAAAAUAUAGUGAUGUAAGAUUUGAAAAAGUAUCGAUACAUUGUGUAAUUUUUAGUAAACUGUAUUAUCACUGGCAAGAUUCAGAGCUAAAUUAAAAAGAACUAGUGAUGGAACAUUUCGAAAAUAUAGCUAAAAGAUAUAUCGAUAAAUUCACAAUUUAUGGACAUAACAAACGUUUUAGCACCAUUUUAUUUUGUAAAACGUAGUAUCUUUUGUACUCUUUCACGCAAGUGGAAAUCUCCUGCCAAAUCUUAAACGUGUAACAGAGAAGCAAUGUAUUUAUUCGCAAUAAUUGUACAGACGGUGUAAGUAUAGUUGGUGUGUUUGAAGAAGCUGUAUGAGACGUAUCGAAGAAUAAAGAUGUCUUUCUGCA